AUAUUAUUGAUAACAUUUAGCCGGUAAGUCGAAUUAUGAUAUGAAGUGUUCUAGGUUGUGAAAUUCGUAAUAUCGAAGUGAACUGUAUUUUAAUGCUUGCUAUAUCUGUUAUCCAAAAUUGUUUAACGAGAUUUACGAACAAUUAUUGUUUAAUUUCAAUUAAGCUAGCAAGAAGUAUGGCUGAUUCUUCAACACUAAAAAAGAUUCCUGAUGUCGAACUUGAUAAUGGAGGACGUUAUAAGUAUAUCCUUGUUAAAGUAACUGAUCAUAAUAAUGAUUCCAAUUUGUUCAAGUAUGUAGUGCAUGGGGGAAGGCAGUUUGAAUAUCAUGCUGACAUUUACGACCAUUUAAAAAAAACUAUCAAACCUGUUGAGUUAAAUGUCACCACCAAAAUGAUGGGCGGAGGAUGGGUAGAACACGGUGAUAAAUCAAUUUUAGUCGAAGGAGCAUCUGUGCAAUAUGGGCCCGCUGAUCACAACAUCACUGUGGAAAUAUUGAAGAAGAAAUAUCCAGACUACCAGGUGUCUUGCAACGUCGAAUAAUGGAUGGUUAAAAAAAAUUAAACGUUCUAGAUUAUUUAUAAAAAUAUCACUUUUUAGCUAAUUGCAAAAUGAUUUGUAAUUUCUAAUGAGUAUUUCAAUAAAAUAUGCACUUGAUAAAUGUAA